AUGCAGCUGCUCAGGAUAGAUCCCCCCCGGGAGAUCCAGUUCUCGGGCACGAAUUAUUGAGAGGAAAAAUCCCCCCUCCCCAUAUCGAAAAGGUAUGUUUCCGAAAAUUUGCGUUGCUGAUUUGAGGUCACAGAUCACAUCUGUCUUGCAAGAAGACAAGGGGAAGGGCAGAAGCUUCCGCCCCAUUAUGGAAGCGAUUUGUCAUGCUGUUGGGCCUAAAGGCCAGCAGUUUGCCAUGCUGAACAACUAGGCCCAUACGCCCCUACCUAGCCUGGGGAUCUGGCCGCAAUGCCUCUCUGCAAUACAAAGCUGAUUGGUGUACACAAAUCCAGCAUCAGAAAUUCCGUUUUGAUAUGGGGAGUGGGGAUUUUUCCUUUCGAUGCGAAUUUUGCUGACACCACGCACGUCACGCACCUCACACUCACGAACGCUUCUACGACUUCAAAUGUGGCGUUCAAAGUAAGUAAUGUACUUCAAGAUUUAGUUACCUUACUCUGCAAUGAUAAAGUUAAAGUAUCCCGCCCCUGGAGGGAAGGGAAGUCGUGAUAAGGGCCUGGCACCCAGAUGCGCUACCUACCUGAGGUAGACGCGUCAAGUCUCGCAAACUAAGCGGCAGCACGCCGCUGCUCCUGGUGAGUAAUGUAGGGCGGCGCCCGCAGUCCAGCGCGCGCCCCCUCGACCCUGGUGGGCGUUCUCUUCUUGAGGACGAGCCCAGCUCUGGAAGCUGGUGCGCCCUGUACUAUGCUCCUGGCGAGUGAGACGGCGGAGGGCCGUCCGCGUGCUUAACCUGAGCAGCACAGCGCCACACCGCGCCCGACCAGUCCGAGGCGGGCCCUUUAGUGUGUUGCCGCGUCGUGUGCAAGGAGGCCCGGCAUGGCGUGCCCCUCCCGGCGGCCUUGUGCCGUUUUGGUGGUUGGAGGCGCGCCGUCGUAAACCCUACUGCCCCACGUAGUGCGCAGCACGCAGCCGGCGGCACUUGCCGAAGAUUGGCGAAAACGGUGGGGCCUGCGCUAUUCUGGAAAGCCUCGGCUGGCACCUUACCCCCCUGGCGGGGCCGCAAGACCGUUCCCGGGAGGCGGCGCAAGAGGCGGCGGUGGCUCCGCCUGCGUGAGCCGCCACCGCCACAGCUUGCGCCCUACAUUCUGCCCGUCCGGCAAUUGCCGGAUGUCCGUGGAGCCGCUCUGGAAGCGCACCUCCCUACGCACGUAGUGUAAUUAUUCUGUGUUAGUGCGCCCGGUGUGCACCCUCUGAAUAAUGCUGCUAUAAGGAGCGAGUGCUCGAAGCAGGGCAGCACAGCGCGCCCAUUUCCCUUCAUGCACGUUGCUCUCCUUCUGCUUCCACGACUUGAGGCCGUGUGUCGCGUUGAAGGGUUUUCGCACGUCCUGCUCCCACAACCGUGUUGUCAGACGGAUCAUCGCAAGUAUAGCCUGGUCAAAGAGCGAGCACCGCUUCUGUUUGAAACAAGAGCGGGUCAAAUACAAUACAAUACAAUAAAGUUAAAGUACGUUUGCAGGAGGACCUUUUUGAUCGUUCUAGGGUAGCUGCGCGUCGCUCUGUAUAGAUACUACUGUCUGUUUUAUUGCGACGAUCAAACUAUAAAUAGGUCAAAACCACGGCACUGAAGUCCUACCUGGUUCGACCCAGCCAGAACGUGCUCAAGGUUGGGGAAACAAUAUGAAAUAAAGCACAUUGAUGUCGCAUGAAGAUCCUGGUGUACUUCAUUUCAUUCUACGUCUCGUCUGAACCUUAGGUGUAGAAGGGGCUAGAAGCUGCACGAGUUCUGUGUGUUGCUGUUAUGAAUGCGAGUCCAUUCUUGGUUUAUCGUUAUGUCAGUGGGAAGAUGAAAUAAUACUCAAACGAAACCCAGGAGGUUGCAUUGGUUCUUACUUGUUUCCCCAGCAUAAUCGGUGCAGAUUCAGAUACUGCUGCAGAGGCUACAGGAGGUACCUGCAAACCACCGACACAGGUAUUACACACGUAGUCUAUACAACGAACUUGAUUCACCGUGUUGAAAAAGUGUACUGAAUAAGUAUAAGAGCAUGAGGCGGUAAUUUUUACGCAUCUUUAGCACCAGGACAUGACGAUGAAAUCCAAAAACGAUUCAGGUUUCUAGUUCAAGCGGCGCCAACGAGCGAGGACACGCUGAGUAGUAGGGAAGCUUGGCCUCAAAUCGUGAAAGACGCCCAGGUAUCCCAGGAUGAGGCGUCGAGAUGUCUGGGGGUCCUCUAUUGAGGAAUAGUCAUUUAGUGUAGUUGUAUUGUUCCCACUGGAUACUACCAUGCCUUUGCCCGCCCACGCAUAGAUCAUUCUGUGACGCGAUCAUAGAUUUUUAUUUUGGUUUUGAG